AUGAAACUACUCUUCGUUCUGGCUGUCGUGCUGACCUUGGGUGUUAUCAACGGUGAUCCUCACGUGGAUGAUACUGCGGAGUUCAACUCUGACAUGAAGAUGGUUGAUGAUGAUCAUUUGUCCGAAUUUGAAGACUCGCCAAACAAUCUCGGAGUUAAUUUCUGCCAGGACGUCUUUAGGCAGUGUGGCGGCCGUGACUGCAAAUGUUGUGCCUAA